AUGAUCAAAGAACUGGAAGAUGACGAAUAUGACUGCGUUCAUGGCGAAGAAUUCAGAGCAGUAUUUGAUGUUAUGGGCCAUGUAGAAAGUUUUAAGGACCUCAUUAUACUUGUAAGUAACCCAUCACAUCUUGUAUCACUUGCUGGACCUAUCCUUUAUACAGACUCAAGAAAUCCUCACCAGAAUGAUCUUGCCCUGUUUAGACUUGUCAUGGAUAGUCUAACGGAAUGUGGGAACUGUAGUGAUGCUGGAAUCCAGAGGGCAGUUGUGGACUGUGUAUCUGCCCUUCUUCUAUCCUUAGAAAAAAUCUCCCUUGGAACUGCAUUAUCUUCACAGUAUAUAGAGUCUCUUAAUACCCUGUAUGCUAGGAUUGAAGAUGGAGACUAUUCAGGACCAUUAACAUAUGAAAACAAGAGUAAGUUACCCAAAUAUGAAGUUGUUGACAAUCUUAAAACAUCAUCAGAGUCAACAGCUUCAGAUACCUUGUCCCAGCAAAUGGAUGAACUAGAAUUUGAAGGUGACGAAGAUAUCAGCAGUAAAGAAGAACCAAGUGAUGAUGAGGAAAUGAAAGAUGAAGAUGAAGCAGAACCUGUCAGGAAGAAAAAAGGUAAAACUGAUACUGGAAAAGGACAUGAAUCUGAUGCUUCAGGAGACACUGAGGGUCCAGAGGAUGAAGAAGAGGAUGAAGAGCAUGAUAGAGAGGAGAUGGAUCAGAUUGAAGAAGCAGAGCAGCAUCGAGAGGAACAGGAAGCUCUUCGAUUACAUCGUUUAAAUGAGACUUUACAAUCAACUAGCAAUUUGCGUCAUGUCAUAGAUGAGGAAGCUGAAAGAGAGUGUGCUAAUGCAAAGCACUUUACUACAACAUUGUCUGCCCUCUUACCUGCUUUAUUGGCAAUACGUAGUACCAUUGAAGUUGACCAAGCUCUUAUAGAAUUUUCUUCAAAAUAUUGUGAAGGGGUUUUUUGUGCUACUCAUCAAGAUGAAGGCAGCCAUCUUAUCAUUAAUGCGGAUGGCAUUUACAUCACAGCCUAUUCAAUGUUAUCAUUAAAUCUCCAGUUAAUAAGAGGAGGCCAUUAUUGUGAUCCAAAUUUACCCUACCCAGUAACUCAGGAGCAGUUUGUAGACAUGGUGCAUGGUAGUGGGGUUCUGGUUUAUCUGUCAUCAGCGUGGCUUGGAGAGGUUUAUCGUCAAGUCGUUAAAGAUAGUCUCCUUCAAAGGGCUGGCUAUUGUCCUCACUCUCCUCAUAAUUGUGCCCUCAUCAAUUUAUUAACAGAGUUGGAGUAUGGCAUGCGAUGCUACCAUAAAUGUGACUAUGACUUGGACGGAUUAGGAAGCACAGAGCAGAAAAGUCAACUCUUGUCAGAUCAUAGACGUCUUGAGAAAGCUGCUUCUAAUGUCACACACCCCCCAGAUGUACUUGCUGGAAUGAAACUUAGUCGGCGUGUCGUUACCUGUUGUUGGGAGAGUGUUGUUGGAGUUUUGGGUACUGUUUUGGGUAGUGUUGGAGGAAGCGGCGGGUUGACUGCUCCUUUGCGACUUCUAAUUGGAGGGGAAGGAGUUAGAGAGGAGUCUCGUAAAUCCCAAGAAUUACUUUCUCAGUGUCUAAAUUCUCUUCAGUCAGCUGCUCGAAUAGCAAAUGUAUUGGGUUUACAAAAUAGAUGUGGGGUAGUAUUUUCAUUGUUGUCAUCUGCUUGCCUUCCAAAUGAUGAGCGUAAUCCCAUCAGUACUCCAAGACGUAGUCGUUUGAGGUCUCCCUCUAUUUCUAAAAAGCCUCAGCGUCUACACACAGCUCAUUUGCUCUCAGUUCAUGUUAUGAUGUCUUCAGGCCUAGAGCUAGGUUCUCAUGCUCCCGAUUGCUGGUCUCAUAUAUUCAAGUGCUGUGUGUACUUAGCUGAGUUAGAACACAGUUUCUUCAGUAGUAAUAGUGGAUAUCAAUCAUUCCCAACUAGACUUCCCCCUCCAGCUUUAAAUAAAGAGAAGUCUGAAGUUGGGUCACCUCCUGACAUUUUCAGCCUUGAAGAUCCAUAUCGGUUUGUAGCACCCGUGUCACCUCUGCCAGGCAGCGUUAAUGUGGAAGAACUGAUUCGAGAAAGCCAAGAUGACAUAAGCAACAGUGGUUUCUUGUCUCCAACUGAUACAGGCAAAGCAAUAUGUGCUCUUACUCAAUUAGUUGACAGGUUGUUUGAUGAUGCAGCUACAAAACUAAACAUGUCAUCAUUAGUAAGCUUUUUAACUGAACUAUGUGCAGCUUCACAAGCUCAGCUGUUUUCCCGUAUGUUGCCGCAAACUCCUCAGAAAGGACUUAUUAUAUGGCCCAAGAAAAAGAGUACAUCAGGAAAUAGUUCUGACUUACUGAGAGGGAAGGGUGGAGAUAUUCUGCUGUUACAUAGAUUAGCUGAAGUAAUGCUCAGAGCUGUCAGAUCAGGAAGACCUUUAAUUCACAUCAUGAGAGCAUGGGCAGUUGCUGGUCCUCACUUUAUGGAGGCUGCUUGCCACAAGGAUGGGGCUGUUAGCAAAAAAGCAGUUAGCGCUAUCCAUGAUGUUGUGAAUGCUUUGCUUAGCAACAAUACAGAAUUGUCACAUUUUCACUUCAAUGAAGCUCUCUUUAAACCCUUUGAAAAUCUUCUCUGCCUUGAGCUGUGUGAUGCUGAUAUACAAGAUCAGAUUAUAAGCAGUAUUUGUGAAUUUGUGGAGAGCUGUACCCCUGAAAUUCGCUCUGGUUGGAGGCCCCUGUUUGCUGCACUAAGAUGUGUUCGCCCUCCUUCAGUUUUACCACCAGGAGCUAUUCCAGGCUCAGCCCCAGGUGUCAGUGUCAGUGGAGGUACACCAAGAGAUAGUGUUGGCCACCUACAUGUCGUGCGAGAUGUUUUUGAAGCAUUCUUAGCAACUGACAAUGUUUUGGUAUUUGCUAAUGCUGCCCUUGAUUGCAUCUUGUGUCUUUUGAAACAUGUGAAGGGAUCAGGAGAAGAAGAAACAACAGAUGAAACAGUGGUAGGUUGGGAUGAAUUAGUUGGUGGUGAUUUGUGUUUAGAUGCACUUCGAUAUCUCCAUAGAUGUGCUGCUAUACUUGCUUCCAUGUAUGAAAUGCCAGCAUGCCCGGUCUUCCAUUCAGCUCAUAGAAUUUCCCAGACAACUCAACCACAGCUAGUUGACCCUCACCUUCCUAACAUAGAUGAAGCCUUACUUUGGUCAUUGGUGGAUGAAGUGACUGGAUUAGAAGUAAAAAAAUUCAUGCCUCCACUAGACAGCAGUAGUCAAAGGCCAAAGUGA